CUUGUGCGAGCCUGCGCAGUUUCUCUGGAGCCGCCGCUUGGAUCGGGCCUGCGAUGGGUUGUGACGGAGGAACCAUCCCAAAGCGCCAUGAACUGGUGAAGGGGCCCAAGAAGGUGGAGCAGGUUGAUAAAAAUGCCUCAUUGGUUGCCCGCUGGAGUUACUGUGCUAUCAGUCAGACAUCACUGAGGAAGCCCAUAGUCGCCUGUGAGCUUGGCAGAUUGUACAACAAAGAUGCUCUCAUUGAAUAUUUAUUGGACAAAUCUCCGGACAAAUGCAUCAUUGAGACUGCAGCACACAUUAAGAGCCUUAAGGAUGUUAAGGAGUUAAAUCUGACCGAUAAUCCAGUCUGGAAAGGUGACAAGGCCAACACAAAGGGUGACAGGUUCGAAGACCUGCACCGUGCUGCUUUCAUCUGUCCUGUGGUUGGUUUGGAAAUGAAUGGGCGACAGAAAUUUUGCUUUCGAACUUGUGGCUGUGUCUUCUCGGACCGUGCUAUGAAAGAGAUAAAGACUCAAGUUUGCCACAAUUGUGGGGAGCCUUUCAAAGAAGAUGAUGUGAUUGUACUGAAUGGGAGUAAAGAGGAAAUGGCAGAUCUUCGAAGGAGAAUGGAGGAGAGAAAACUUGCGGCCAAGUUGAAGAAAACAAAGAAAUCUAAGACCACUGAAGAUGUUUCAAAAGCUGGACUUGUCAAAGAAGUCUCGGGACCAUUAAGCCAGAAGCAUGAGGAGAGAAAAAGUACAGUUGACAAGAUGGCAAACACUUUAUCAAGCACCAGCACUGCAGAAAAUGGACAGUUGUCAUCUUCAACAUCCACAUCUUCUGGGAAAACUUGUAAACCUGCUACCAGCCUUGCCAAACGAUCUUUUACUGAAAUGGGAGAAAAAUCUGAGGCUUACAAAUCCAUCUUCACAUCCCACAGCUCAGCUAAACGCUCAAGAGAACAGAAGCCCAACUGGAUCACUCAUACAGCUUAUUACUACUGAGCCAGCCAGCAAUGCUCAGGAAUAUGUUCUUAUCAUUUUCUAACCGGCUUUAAAUGGAUAGGAUAAAGCUAUUCAUGUUUAAAGACUUUCUCUUGCGCUCUAACACACAGGAGCAAUUAAGAACUUGUUUGCAGCUUCUCUAAGAUAUUAUCAACCAUUAUACUAUCUGAAAUGUUUAUACAACCCAUGUGAUCAGCAUUUGCCUGUUAGUUGACGCUCAGCAAGCUACACCUGGUGGUGAUGGUCUCAUCUGUCCUCUACUGCAGUGACUUUUUGUGAGGAUCUAUGUUGACAUCUGUAUCUGUGUUUAAUUAAACUUUUCGCCAAAUGUU